CUGCGAACAGGAAGUACUUCAGGUUUCGUACUUGUGGAGAAAGCGGCUCGUCGAGAGAAACGUUCAUUCACUUAGGACGACUUAGUUAUAUUCUACUAAAUCGUUUUUUAUUCAUUUGCUUAGUCAUGAUUGAACCAAAGAAGAGACCGGGGGACAUGGCGUUGGUUCCUGCCGGUGGAGUCAAGAGGCCCAGGGCCGAGCUGAUCGCUGCGGCACAGUCGCAACAACUCGUGGCCAUGGGCCCUCCCCGCAGCUCCAGCCUGCAGGCUCCCAUCAUGUUGAUGUGUGGCCAUGAGGGAGAGGUCUACUGCUGCAAGUUCCAUCCUAACGGGGCCACACUGGCCUCCUCUGGCUAUGACAGGCUCAUCUUGAUGUGGAAUGUGUACGGGGACUGUGAUAACUUUGCCACCCUGAAGGGACACAGUGGUGCUGUGAUGGAGCUCCACUACAACACAGACGGCAGCCUGCUGUUCAGUGCCAGCACAGACAAGACUGUGGGAGUGUGGGACAGUGAGACGGGUGAGAGGAUCAAGCGUCUGAAAGGCCACACCUCCUUCGUUAACUCCUGCUACCCUGCUCGCCGCGGGCCUCAGCUCGUCUGUACCGGCAGCGACGACGGAACCGUCAAGCUGUGGGACAUCCGUAAGAAGGGGGCGGUCCAUACGUUCCAGAACACCUACCAGGUGUUGGCCGUCACAUUCAACGACACCAGCGACCAGAUCCUGUCUGGAGGCAUCGACAACGACAUCAAGGUGUGGGACCUGAGGCAGAAUAAGAUGAUCUAUGGUAUGCAUGGUCAUGGGGAUUCUCUGACUGGCCUCUGUCUGAGCUCAGAGGGGUCCUACCUCCUCUCCAACUCUAUGGACAACACAGUACGUAUUUGGGACGUCCGUCCGUUCGCUCCCAAGGAGAGGUGUGUGAAGAUAUUCCAGGGGAACAUUCACAACUUUGAGAAGAACCUUCUGAGGUGUUCCUGGUCUGCUGACGGCAGCAAGAUUGCAGCAGGCUCAGCUGACAGGUUUGUGUAUGUGUGGGACACCACCUCUCGUAGGAUCCUGUACAAGCUGUGUGUGUGUGUCCAGGUUUGUGUAUGUGUGGGACACCACCUCUCGUAGGAUGCUGUACAAGCUGUUUGUGUGUGUCCAGGUUUGUGUGUGUGUGGGACACCACCUCUCGUAGGAUCCUGUACAAGCUGUGUGUGUGUGUGUGUGGGACACCACCUCUCGUAGGAUCCUGUACAAGCUGUGUGUGUGUGUCCAGGUUUGUGUGUGUGUGGGACACCACCUCUCGUAGGAUCCUGUACAAGCUGUGUGUGUGUGUCCAGGUUUGUGUGUGUGUGGGACACCACCUCUCGUAGGAUCCUGUACAAGCUGUGUGUGUGUGUCCAGGUUUGUGUAUGUGUGGGACACCACCUCUCGUAGGAUCCUGUACAAGCUGUUUGUGUGUGUGUGGGACACCACCUCUCGUAGGAUCCUUUUAUAAGCUGUGUGUGUGUGUGUCCAGGUUUGUGUAUGUGUGGGACACCACCUCUCGUAGGAUCCUGUAUAAGCUGUGUGUGUGUGUCCAGGUUUGUGUAUGUGUGGGACACCACCUCUCGUAGGAUCCUGUACAAGCUGUGUGUGUGUGUGUCCAGGUUUGUGUAUGUGUGGGACACCACCUCUCGUAGGAUCCUGUAUAAGCUGUGUGUGUGUGUGUGUCCAGGUUUGUGUAUGUGUGGGACACCACCUCUUGUAGGAUCCUGUAUAAGCUGUGUGUGUGUGUCCAGGUUUGUGUAUGUGUGGGACACCACCUCUCGUAGGAUCCUGUACAAGCUGUGUGUGUGUGUCCAGGUUUGUGUGUGUGUGGGACACCACCUCUCGUAGGAUGCUGUACAAGCUGUGUGUGUGUGUCCAGGUUUGUGUAUGUGUGGGACACCACCUCUCGUAGGAUCCUUUUAUAAGCUGUGUGUG